GUCGUCGAGGUUUCCUCUGUUGUGUCACGUCGGCCGGGUCACCUGUCAAUUCCGUGCGUCCGUGACAUUGAUCUUGAGGGGUGCAUACUCUAUAACCGCUCGCACGUCGACCCGCAUGUUACAGUGCGCGAUCGAUCGCGCGCAACAAUGAGACGUAGUAAGCCGCGUGCAGCAAUUCUACAACUGGUACUUUGUAACCGCUCCGAACGUAACGUGAUAUUACUUUCGUUUGUGGCCAGUGCUUUCUAGUGUCCUAUUUCCUUUUUUAUUUUCUUGCAAAUGCUGUACGUGCGUCUCGCUUGAGCUACGAGUCACAUAAGUCGCUGAGGGAACGGUGUGUCAUAAAGAGUAGUUUGAAUUUCACUGUCACGAGGAUUCGAGGAGCUACUAUCGCUCUAUCCAUGAGAAGGAGAUCUCAGCUUGAUCAUAGCUAUGGAUACAGAACUCUCAGAGCAGUUUUAUCGCAUUCAAGCUGUUCAUCGUGCUCGUAAGAUACCCAGCGUCAAUUACUUGUGGGACAAAUCCACAGAGGUGUACGGACGUGUGAAAGGGGCUAACACAUUUGUGAAUUGGGCGUUCGACACUGUUGAGAGCAUGGUGAACGUGAUGAUAGAAAAAUCUUUGCCAGUUGCCAGAUUGAUCGAGAAACCGAUAUACACCCUGGACAAAACACUGUGCCAAGGCAUUGAUUUCGUCGAGGUGAAGCUGCCUAUUAUCAAAGAGGAGCCUAAACAGAUAUUAAAUCGUACCAGGUCCAUAGUAUCUGAACGUCUUCGUCCAGCAGUGAAAACUUUUACCGAUCUGACAUAUGAGACCAAGCAGCGAGUGAGGAUCAUGACUUUACUUACAUAUUACAAGGUACAUUACUUAAGAGUCUACAGUUGGCAGCAAGCGGAUAGAGUCAUGUCGACCGAGACAGGUAUCAAUAUUCUAAAGACUGUGGACAACACCACCGAUUUCGCUGAAAUCAUGUUGGACAAGUACUUACCGCCACCGUUGGAAGAACCUCAUCAUGACACAGAACGGCUCUGCAGUGAACACGCCAAGCUACAUCACACGAUGGAAAGACUGAGCGGAUUCAGUAUUCGGGCAUCACGACGUAUUUACUUUGCGCUGAUGGACAAGUUUUGGAACACGUAUAAAAUAGAGACGCUCAUUUUGAUAUUACACGGAUUGGCAGUUGUCCAAGCGAUCACGUUACUGGAGGUGAUAAUAAGUUCCAUUUUUAAGUUAAUCAGCGACUGCCUCUUCUCUCCGUUGUCAUAAAUUGGUUGCACGCAACCUACCACCCGCUCUGUGAUAAUCACGUACACAACGACGAUCAGACUACUUUUAUUACUUUUACAAAAAGUUAUGUUCGGCAUGAAAAUGUUAUUUACUCGCAAACUGCGAAUUUUACUUAAUGCGGACGUUGUGAAACAUACGUGAACAUUCGCAGAAUAACGUCGCGGCCCAAAGUGGAAUAAGAAGGAACUAUGCUCUCAGCUUCGUAAUGUACGACAUCGUUCCCUGUAAUAUUCCGUAUUUGCAUAUUUUUCACUUUUUCAGUAAACCCGACUGCCAUUUGUUGCGAGAAGCAACCGGAUUAUUUUUCAAGUAAAAUGACUUCUCAGAUAUGACAUGAUUUUAAAUAGCUCUUUUUUUAUAAUUUUUUAUAAUUUUUAAAUAGUUCUUAAUAGUUUUUUAAUACUUCAUUCGUACAAUCGCACGCAUAAGACAUUAAAAAUAAUAUCGUUGGCUUAAUACUGAGACAGAAAGAUAAUAAAAAUUAAAAUAAUCCGGUGUAUUAAGUAAGAAUAAUAUUGUAAUGAACCAAAAAAGCGUAAAAUUUAUGAUGGCAUUUCGCAACAGAAAAUUUUAAUUUAAAAUUAUAUU